AUGUCUGCGUCACUGGCACCGGAAUGCAACGAGAUAAAGGAGAAGUACGACUCGUGCUUUCUCAAGUGGUAUAGUGAGAAGUUCCUUCGAGGCAAUACAUCGACGAACGAGUGCGAGGAGGUCUUCCAGCAGUACAAGAAGUGUCUGUUUAGGACUCUGAAGGAGAAAGGCAUUGACGUGAUGCUUGACGAAGCCCGGAGUUCGAACAGGGAACAGGACGCAGAUUUUUUGUCGAAGAAGAGCAGCAAAUGA